GCCGCACCUGCGCCGCGCAGGCGCAAGGGAGGGGGCCCAGUCUCCAAGGCAACCGGGCUCAACAGUUCCAGCCCCGCCGGCUCUAGAGGCCUGCCGGCGCCCACCCGCCACCAUGUGCGCCGCGGAGGUGGACCACCACGUAGCCCAGCGAUACCUGCUCAAGCGGCGGCUGGGGAAGGGGGCCUAUGGCAUCGUGUGGAAGGCAGUGGAUAGGAGAACUGGCGAGGUCGUGGCCAUCAAGAAAAUCUUUGAUGCCUUUAGAGAUAAGAUAGAUGCCCAGAGAACGUUCCGGGAAAUCAUGCUGCUCCAGGAACUUGGGGACCAUCCCAACAUCAUCCGCCUCCUGGAUGUGAUCCGGGCGGAGAAUGACAGGGACAUUUACCUGGUGUUUGAGUCUAUGGACACCGACCUGAACGCUGUCAUCUGUAAGGGCAGGCUGCUGAAGGACAUCCACAAGCGCUACAUCAUCUACCAGCUCCUACGGGCCACCAAGUUCAUCCACUCAGGACGCGUCAUCCACCGGGACCAGAAGCCUUCCAACAUUCUCCUGGACUCCAGCUGCUUGGUGAAGCUCUGUGACUUUGGUCUUGCCCGCUCCCUCAGCGGCCUCCCUGAGGGGUCUGAGGGCCAGGCCCUGACAGAUUACGUGGCCACACGCUGGUACCGGGCUCCCGAGGUGCUGCUGUCCUCAAGCUGGGUCCCCCCGUGCCUCCACCCCUUCCUGCCCCAGGUACACCCCUGGGGUGGACAUGUGGAGUCUGGGCUGCAUCCUGGGGGAGAUGCUUCGGGGGAGGCCCCUGUUCCCUGGCACAUCCACACUGCACCAGCUGGAGCUGAUCCUGGAGACCAUCCCACCACCAUCCAAGGAGGCCCAAGCCCUGCAGAGAGACAGGCACUCCACAGCGCAGGAGGAGACAACUGGCCCCAGACCUCCCUGGGCUGCCCAGCUGGACCAGGCCCUCCCCAUCACACACCUCCUGUCCACCCACCUGCAGACCUCCUGGCUCUUGGCUCAAGCUACAGUGCCUCUAUCCUGCCCUGCCUGGGGUCCCGGCCACGGCAGACGCUGGACACCCUCCUGCCGCCAGACACACCCCCGGAGGCCUUGGAUCUCCUCAGGCGACUCCUGGUAUUUGCCCCCGAGAAGCGGCUUAGCGCAGCCCAGGCACUGCAGCUCCCCUACGUGCAGAGGUUCCACUGCCCGGCUCGUGAGUGGACGCUGGAUUCGGCUGUGCGGCUCCCGGUGCUCGAAGGAGUUCAGCUCUCAGCCCCCGAGUAUCGCAGCCGCGUCUAUCAGAUGAUCCAGGAGCGCAGGGGCAACAGCCGCAUCCCCAGAGAGAAGGGCCUGGGGGGCACACCCGCGGGGGCAGAGCCCAGUGCCCCCCAACCCCAGGCGCACCUGCUCAACCCCAGAGCCGUCCCUCAGCUGCCCCCGGGCUCGCCCACGCAGAACCCUGGACGCAGACCUCAGAGCAGCCCGGGCCACCAGUCCGCGCACGACAUUGCCUGCGGAGCCAAGAAUCUUCCGCAGCGGAACUCGGCCCCCGCGCUCCAGCCUCCGCCCCCAGGAGGUCUGGGGAGAGGGGAGAGGCCCCCUGGGGCGACGGCGGAGGACCCCUCGGCACCCUCGUGGGUGAAGCCCAGCGGGAAGGGGGCGGCGUCCUCCCUGGCCUCGCAGGCCGCCGCCCAGGUGGCCAUCCAGGCCCUAAUCCGGAGCGACUGGAAUCCAGGCCGUGGGGUGAGGGCAACCGGCGCGCGACGGGUCCCUCGCGGGCUUCCCGCGGAUGCCCGGCCCGAACCUCGGCCGGGCCGGAGGAUGUUCAGCGCCUCGGCCUCGCAGGGAGCCCAGGGUGCUGCAAGGGCUGCGCUCGGGGGCUACUCACAGGCCUACGGUACCGUCUGCCACUCGGCGCUGGGCCGCCUGCCCCUGCUUCCCGGGCCACGCGCCUAAGGUGCCCUACCAGCCUUCAGUCCAGCUCUUCUGCUCAGCCGCGGCCCUUCGCUCAGUCCCCCGCCCCUCUCCCAGCCCUGGAUUUGCCCCCAAGUACCCCAUGCUCUCCACCCCCUCUUACCCGCUCGCCCUUUUGCCUGGCCAUAUUCUUGAGAUCCAGGGAGCCUGUCCAGGCCUCUCUGGGGGAGUAGAUGAGGUUCCCACCCAUCCCCAAUCACUUCCUCCAAUAAAGUCUUGCCUAUCCCCA